AUGUCGUCACACUUUCACGAUUUUUCUCUCAUCCCCUUUAAAGAGGCGCGCAGUGAAGAUUUUGCGCAAUACAUUACUUUUGAAAAGGAUGGUGUAAAGGUCUGUUGUUUGACACGUGGUUGAGGACAUUUUUGCAGGUGAACGUCCCCAUUCGCUUCCCUUCCGACUAUCGCACCGCUGCAAAAAACGACCCACGUUUUUUUGAAAAUCUCAAGUCGCAGCUAAUGCACGACCUUGUAUGCGAACAGACGCAAGAAGAACUCUUGUCUUAUAAAGGAACUCCUCUUAAUCAGGAUACUGUUUACGCUCUGGUUCAUCCUACUGCUCCUCGAGUAAUCAUCCCUCCCUUGCAGUUUUUUCAGUUCAUUUUUAAUUUUUUGGCAGUCCUUAUAUGUUUGAGUAGCAGUUAGCUCUGUGUUCUAAAUGUUUCAUGUUGUCAUCGCUAGAUGCCAAGAGCUCCUGUUUUGUGUACCUAGUUAUCGCAAACUGCCGUGAUAGCAUUCUACUCGUCCAGGGCUAACCGGUCGCCCGGUAGCGUGCCAGUGUUGCGACUGACUGGUUUUUUUAGCAAUCCUAGCGGAUACUGUCCACACGGGGACAGUAGGUUGACACGCCUUCUCAGGCGAGCUGAGGGCGUUGUACCCCGAGGUGAUUUACAUCGCCAGACAGAGACCUAAAUUCCGGAAAAAGUGCGUGCGUACGCGCAAAGGGACCCCCAGGCGUGACGUGGAAAAUGCGCUCGGGUGAGCAUCAAGGUGGGAGUGUGUCAGAAAAGCUACUUUUCUCGCACAGAUGGAGCACUCUCAGCCAGUCAGGUUACUACCUCUGCACCCGCAAGUCAAACAGGCUAUCAAAUGUCAAGUCCUGGGCGGCUAAAUCCUAUCAAGAUGGUAGGGAGAAAUGUCGCAUUUUCCUCUAUCACCUGCGCCUUUGCAAAAAGAACUGUGAAAUUAGAACACUCAAAAGAGCAGGCGGUUAAAAGUUUAUUAGUACAGCUGAGAACUCCAAUACCUUACCAAGAGAAGCUGAUGACUGCUCUCAGUGGGGACCUUAGCCUUUGACUAACAACUUCUCUCAUGCCUUAAUGUACCCUCAGCCCACUUUCUUCUUAUGCCUCUACCAUGAUUUAUCUUUCGACUCCUGUUUUUUCUCACCAGGUUUUGUCCACUUCUGAAUGCGAAGAAGCCACCACAUCCCAACCCUACUCCUAUCUUGACGACUUUUACAAUGUUGUUAGCGAAUUACGUCGUGUCCGUUCGUACUAUGGUAAACCCUCCACCUUGAAACUGUUCCUCUUGGUUUUGCUCUUUGUAAUUUCUUUUGUUUUAAACACAUGUUCUCGAAGUAAUAUCAGCCGCCCAUCACUAGUUAUUUAUAGGUUGGAUUUUCAUAGUCGGCGUUCCUGAUGGACUGCUUUUAGGCAUUGAAUGGAAGAACACACAGUACUAAUGAAGACUGAAUCAUCUGAAGGGUUUUUAUUGAACUUUUAACGCUGUCCUGAACUCACUUAUAUAUUUUCACUUGAUAAAUGCGGUUGUCCUAGUGGCGAAGGUCGAGUCAGAAGUCCAUUAGCAUUCAGCUCAUGAUUAACCAUUAAUAUGCAAAAAACUGACGUAUCAUUCUUGGGCAGACUACGAAACUACUCCGUGAUCUCACUCCAUAUCAUCCACCAAGGUUCCUCAUUACUUGGUACCAAGUCACAUAUUCUGACAGUAAUAAGCUGCGUUUCAUGCCGUUGCUUCAAUUAAUUCAAAAGGUCUAGCCGUCUAACAAAGUGGAAUCGAAGAUUUCUAGCCAGACUAAGUGACUACGGUCCUCACAACUUUAAUGGACUCAGUAUUGUCGGAAUCGGAUCAGCAAUGGUUGACCACCUAGCGAGUUGAAAUCUAAUUGGAUGCAGACAGACUAGAACAGUGUAGCCCCUAUGAGUAUUUAGACCUAUUUUGUCGUACUCUCCGACUACAUGCACCACGCCUUCCCGUCACCUACUGUUUUUUAUAUCAUGUAGAAUCGAAUUCUUAAGGCUCCUGUUGAACAAAUACUAGUAGAUUUCCCCUUGCACUCCUCUCCCUAAAUCCAUUCAUUGAUAUUUAGACCUCAAAGUCCUAAAGUGUUUCCCUAGAGUUCGCUCGAAGUUGUUGAAAUGAACAUUUUCCAUGACUUCUUUGAAGGAUUUAACGAGAAACUCUACUUUGGAUGGUCGUGUUUGGCCCAAAACUCUGCAACUUGUUGAAACGACCCCAAUUUGCUCUUCUAUUUCAUAUUCAAAUUAUCUUAACUUUGUUGUUCCAAAUAACGCUUAAGAUCCUUAAUCGGUAGUCCAAAUCGCCACUUCAUGGAGUUGAGCACUGGUCACUUCUGAUGACCAAAUGGCAGUAUUUAGUCUUGUCUACUCAUCUUAAGGUACUGAAAUUCAUUUGAGACGGCACAGAUUUGAGUACUGAAAGUGUGCAUUCGUCUUUCCCCUUUGUCAGACUUACAGGUAACAUGUAGCGUCUUGACCACAUUUUUCCGCGCUUUUCUCCUUAUUUAGGCCUCCGGCAGUUUGACGUUGCAACCUCAAUUAACCGUUGUUAUGGAGCCAAUCUUACCAUGACCGUCAUAUCAAUCGCAGAACGUGCACAGCUCCCUUUAGAGGACAGCUUGAAAGUGAAGCCCCUGUUCGAGCGGUGGCUAAAAGACAUGAGCACUGUGGAGGGUCGAAAGGUGAUAUUCAGCUCUGUUGACGCCACUGCGAAUCCUAUAGUAAGUGUGUUUGAAUGUUAGAAUACACUGUCUCUUAGUAAUCUUACCCCCAGUUUAUAGUGGACCAUAAACGUUGUCCUCUUUCGUACGCAUACAUUUUUUGUGUCACCACACAUCGCCAGUUGGUGACACACUCGAGUUGGCCGUGAUCUUGACUCCGACCAUCAGGACUGAGGCCAGUAACCGUCGACUUCUCCGUUUCUCCGCAUAUUUGAACAUAAAGUGGUGUUUGGAGAAUGCAACAAGUAUUUUCUGAUUGCCGCCAUCGACCGAUGCCGGAAGGAAUUUCCGUUGCUGUAAUAGAGGACUCGAUGCACUGGGUUCUACACUGAUGAGUGCUGUCGUUUCGGCGCCAUAGUCUGUUAUCUAAUUUCUUUUCCCAGCGCAGACGGACUGAUCGAUGGGGGUGUUACUCAAUUAAACCCAUGAAGUUCGGACAAAAAUGCUGGCCAGGAAGGCUCGGAAUCUACAUUUUUGGGUAGUCUUGAGUGUAUAACAUAUUCAAAAAAUUUCAGUUAAUGUUCUCCGAAACGUAGGAUACAGGUUUAUGAAACCUUAGAUGUCCUUCAUAAAGGAAGUAUAGCCGAUGUCCAAAUGCGUUCUGUUUCGUCCAAGGCUUGGGAUGUGUUCCUCUAGUCUCCAUAUUACUCCUUUUAUUUUUCCAAUAAUUGCCGCAUAAUCUGAAACUCAAAAUAAGUUUGGAUUAGAACUCAUCGGUUCCAUAACAACCAGAAAAGACUCUAGUUACUCUUCUUGAGAUUAAUUGACACGCAUCCCAUGUCACUAAAAUGGAAAUUCGGCAUCUUUUGCGUUUUAGACAAAGGCCCAGCAGAGGACACUAUGA